UCACGCACACACCCACCUCUGGCCAAGAGGCCGACACCUCUGUGCUGCCUUCACACACACCUGCACGUUGCAGCUAUCUCCCAUGAGCAAGACUCUGUAGGAGCCUCUCGCUUCCCUUGCAUCAGGGUUUAUUGUGCCUCUUGCCUGCUCUGUGUGCAGCAGCAGCCGCGAUCGGACACACAGCAGCUGAAAGGAAAAGGCUCGCGGCCCCCAGAAGAAAGAGCCCUACAGGUAAGACAAGGAGGAGGGAGAGAGAAGCAGAACUAGGAACUCAGGGGCAUUUGCUCCCCGCACCAGCCUCUACCCAGAGGCGGCCAAGCAGGCAUCUAAGUGGCAUUUGCAGUUACUAGGAAAUGCCUGAGUAUGAGCCAUGGGGUGGGGGGAACCUUUCUUCUGCUGAUCGGCUCCUGAGCGUGUCAUUCUGCCUUGGUUGCCAGUGAAGAGAGAGGAGGAGAAGAGGGGGAGAGAGAGAGAGGGACAGAGGAAGCAAGAGCUGGAUCACACUUCUUUCCUUUAAAAGCUGGCCCAUGGCAAUGAUCACCUAGUUCUGGUCUCUGGUCUGUGCCAAGCUGCCCCAGGGGAGUUGCUAGCUGCCCUCCUCCUCACCCAGCCCCUCCUCCCCCCAGCUCCUCAAUGGCAGCAGAUUUUGGGAGCCCUAAUGCCAGUGUGAUCGGGGAGAGGUCCCUGGCUGGGGGGAGCAGCUGGGUGGCCGCCUUCCUCUGCUUCAUCAUCCUGCUGACCACCCUGGGGAACUUCCUGCUCAUCCUGCUGAUCUUCACGCAGCGCUCCCUGCGCAACACCUCCAAUUACUUCCUGGUGUCCCUCUUCAUGUCCGACCUGAUGGUGGGUGUGGUGGUCAUGCCCCCAGCCAUGCUGAACCAGCUGUACGGCCGGUGGGUGCUGGAGGGCGAAUUCUGCUCCAUCUGGUACUCCUUCGAUGUCAUGUGCUGCAGUGCCUCCAUCCUCAACCUCUGCGUCAUCAGCCUGGACAGGUACCUGCUCAUCAUUUCCCCGCUCAAGUACAAGCUCAGGAUGACCUCCUGCAGGGCUGUGUGGCUCAUCUUUGCUACCUGGACCUUGGCCGCCCUGGCCUCCUUCCUGCCCAUCAAAAUGGGGUGGCACGAGCUGGAGUUUGAGACCAGGCUCCUCAAUAGCACCUCCCACGUGGAAGAGGACCAAUGCAGGCUCCUGGUCAGUCUGCCCUAUGCUCUGAUAGCCUCCUGCCUGACCUUCUUCCUCCCAUCCAUGGCUAUCUCCUUCACCUACUGCCGGAUCCUCUUGGCCGCCAGGAAGCAAGCUGUGCAGGUAGCAUCGCUCACCACCAACAUGGCCAGCACCUCCGACGAACCCCUGCAACAGGUCCCCGGAGCUCAGAGCCAAGCUGUGGCCAUGGGCGAGAACAGGAAAUUUGCCAAUAAGCAUAGCAAAAAGGCGCUGAAGGCCAGCCUGACCCUGGGCAUCCUGCUUGGAAUGUUCUUCGUGGCCUGGCUCCCCUUCUUUGUUGCUAAUAUGGCACAAGCAGUGUGUGACUGCAUCCCUGCUGGCUUCUUUGACGUCCUCACCUGGCUUGGGUACUGCAACAGCACCAUGAACCCCAUCAUCUACCCCCUCUUCAUGAGGGACUUCAAAAGAGCCAUGGCUAAGUACCUGCCCUGCUGCCGGCGCUCUUGGGAAGGCAGACCUAGCGCCAUUUCCCUGUCCAUGCGGAACUCCAACAGCGGGCCCCGGCUGGGGAUGUCCCUCAAGAACGUCCUCACGCUGCAGGGUGAGACGGACUCAGUUGACUCGGUCAUCCAGGUGAACGAGCAUAUCUUGCUGCCUGCCUGCAAAGACCCCCACCUGGAGUCCAUCCCAGCCACGGCUGCUGACUCAGUCAACCUCUUCGACUUAGAACGCAUGGACCAAGAGCUGCAGAUCAACCAGCUGAACACGCCCAUGGAUUGACUAUGCUGUCCCAACGCCGGGAUGUGAGGUUAGGAGGGACCUGCUCUUGGUUCCCCCCACAAGCUUAGGCUAUGCACAGACACCUUAGCGGUUCCUGCUGGUAUAUAGCGAUACCCUGGAUGGGGAAGCCAAUGAAGGUGUGUGUGUACAUGUACAAGUCUUCUGAGCCAAAGUGAAGCAUUGCUAUUCCACACUACACUCCCCCUAUACAUAGAAACUGAUCCCAAAGUUCACUGUCUCCCUAAUCGUGGGCGGGGAGGGAAAAACGUGUCUCUUCUUUGUAUGGAAAUCAGUGACCAUUUUCCAGUGGUUACAGGUUGGGAUUGUUUAAAUAUGAUGAAGCCAAACACUAUUGCCAAGUUUACCUGACUGGUGUCGCUUUCCUCCUUCUCUACUUGUUUUCUCACUGUCUCACUUCCCCCUCCUGCUUUGUAAUGUGGAAAGCAGCACAGGCACUUUUACAGCCUGACCACGCGUGAUCUGCCCGGGUUUUAAGUGUUUUAUGGUCCCUGAGCUAAGAAAACAGUGGCGACAUUUUCUCCUCCGCUCGCCUAUAAUGUGGAAUUUCAAAAUUGGAUUAAAAAGCAGCACUUGGUAAAAUUAAAGCCAGAGAGCGAGAAACAAAACCUACCAGGCACUGAAGGCAAAGGGGUCCAGAACAGCCAAAGGCAGCCACUGCUGGCCAUCGUCACUGGACCCCGAGCAAUUUGUUAGCAGGAGAACAUCAACACUCAAGUGCUCAGAUGCUACAAUGAGGAGGGCAUAGCAUUAUCUGAUAAGAGAAGUUGAUAAGAGAUAAGAAUGGCCUUACUGGGCCAGACCAAAGGCCCAUCCAGCCCAGUAUCCUGUCUUUUGACAGUGGCCAAUGCCUGGUGCCCCAAAGGGGAUGAACAGACCAGGAAUAAUCAAGUGAUCCAUUUCCUGUAGCCCAUUCCCAGUCUCUGGCAAACAGAGGCUAGAGACACCAUCCCUGCCCAUCCUGGCUAAUAGCCAUUGAUGGCCCUAUCCUCCAUGCACUUAUCUAGUUCUUUUUUUAACCCUGUUAUAGUCUUGGCCUUCACAACGUCCUCUGGCAAGGAGUUCCACAGGUGAACUAUGGCUUUUGUGUGAAAAAAUACUUCCUUUGAUUUGUUUUAAAUCUGCUGCCGAUUCAUUUCAUUUGAUGAUCCUCUGGUUCUUGUGUUAUGAGAAGUAAAUAACACUUCCUUAUUUACUUUCUGCACACCAGUCAUGAUUUUAUAGACCUCUAUCAUAUUCCCCCCUUAGUCAUCUCUUUUCCAAGUUGAAAAGUCCCAGUCUCGUUAAUCUCUCCUCAUAUAGCAGCUGUUCCAGACCACUAAUCAUUUUUGUUGCCUUAGACCAUCAUGAAGAGCAGCUGUACGGUCAACGAAGGCUGUGAUUCUCAGCCACUAUGUUGCGUUACAGUACUGGAAUCAAGGCUCUAUGCUCGCUGCAGGGCAAGACGGACUCAGUUGUGCUUGUUCAUCUGGAUGACCAAGUCAUCUUGCUGCCUGCCUAAUUCUCUAAUUCUACUACUACUUCUAAUUCUCAGCCUCUCUUCUCUGCCCUAGCGCCUGAUGCCUUUGUUGCACAUUCACGAUCUUGAGCUCGAUUACGAGCAGCUCCAAGCCUCGUGCUCACCCAAAGCCAGUCCGUAGCAUGGGUUGGAACAUGUGCAGUUGAAUGGGCGAUGGUGGCUAAUGAGUGAUUACAACCAAGGUCUUAGUCCUACAAACUGGGGCUGUUGCCCAAGAAGCAGUGGAAGUAAGUGUGUUCCGGCAUCUCCCCCUCGCAGGGCUGGUGUGAUGCUUUUAGUCUGAAGGGCCACUCUGCUAGGUGCAUGACUAUCAUCCAGUGUUCGCUGCUCCUAAGCAGGCACUGAAAAGUCCCACGUUGCCCCCUCAUCUCUCUCUCUUUCUCUCUCUCAGCACUGAGGGUGUGAGGAAUCCCUCAAGUCCUUUCAUGCCACUGUUUCCUUGAGAAAUCAUCAGCGGGGUGUGUGUCUGAGCCGAACAUCAGGAUGCUGAGAGACUCAUUAUAUGGUGCGUUUCGGCCACAAAAA